AUGGCGGCUUCACCUUAUACCACCACUCAAUACAACUCGGAACAGUUUGUCGAGAGCUGCGGGGCGAUUCUCUUUGACUUAUCCGACAAGCAAAAUAAGAAAGUGUGCCUGGUCUAUUAUCGCGCGGGAAACGAAUGGCUCCUCGCCAAGGGACGCCGCAACUGCGGUGAAUCCCGACACGAGGCCGCACUGCGCGAAAUCCGCGAAGAGACUGGCUAUCAAGCUCGUCUUUAUCCAGUUACAAUGCAUACACGGGCGCCUCCAAUAGACGAACAGGGGCAUAUGCCAGACAAACCUCGCUCUUACCCUGAUAUCACUGAGCCCUUCAUGGUGACUAUACGGCAGUUGGGCGGCCACGGUGGCAAUGACAUAAAAAUGAUAUGGUGGUAUGUUGCUGUGCUGGAAGGGCAGGUUGCUGGAGGUGGCGGAGAAGAAGAUUUUAUGCCGAAGUUCUUUCCCUUGGAGGAGGCGAAGAAGAUGCUUAGCUUCCAGAAUGAUCUUGCGGUUCUUGAACAGGCGAUUAAGUUGGCAAAUUUUUCAACUCUCAAGAGAAAAGUCAUGUUUUUCACAGCCUCUCAGGACAACAUCAAGAGAGCCAAGGGUGGAGCUAAAGAGGAAAGCGACCUCCGCAGGUAUCUGGACAAGACACCUGGAGAUCUAGAGGAAACCAAAAGACGGAGAGAUCAGCAGCAGACAGUAAAGACAGACUCGCCGAUUCUCACACUUCCGCUCGAGCUGGUCUUGUCGAUAACAGACUUGCUUGAUGAUAUCGAGACAACAUGCCUCGCGCUUUCUUGUACCCAACUCUGGUCCACCUUGAAGUCCCAGAGGGCAAAACUCAAAUCAGGCUGUCUGAACAUGAUUGACAGUGAAGAGAGACGAGGAAAACUUGUUCUUGUUCUCAGUCGGGAUCUGCCAAAACACAUUGUCUGUGACUACUGCGCUCGCCUUUAUGAAGUUGACAUGUCAGAUAAACCAAGUCUCCCACAUCGACGGUUCAUGAACCCGGACACACUAUGUGAUCUGUGUGCUCAAUUUCUGCAUCGACUUCCCCUAGAUUUCCAGUUACAAUGGAGCAAUGGGUACAAAAUGUUGCAUCGAAUCAACUUCUCGGAUGUCAAACUUGCCAUCCAGCACUUUUCUGACCAGAAGUCUGGAUAUAGCAUCAAUUCCCUCAACCACACACAGGUGGCUUGCUUGAAACCGAAGACCGAUGACCCCGAGAUGGAUUUGGAAGCCGAUACAAACCAGUUGUUGACUUCAAUCGAAGCGAUGAUCAUCCACUCGGAACCGGAGCGUCCUACAGUGUCCCUUCGGAUCCAGCAUAUCAUGACUGCAAGAGCCCGGAAGCGUGAUGACAGUAUCAUGGACUACAACGAAUUACCCCACCCAUGCUUUCAUAUAGACCUCUUGUAUAUGACGACGGAAUUUGCCAAAAAGCUUCCUAAGCAAGGAGAGAAACAUCAUGAUCGAAGCUUUCAUUGCCGAGACACAUGUACUACAUGCAUGGUCGACUACCAGCUCGACAUUGUGAAUGAUACAGGGUACGAAUUUACCCUGGUUCUCACUCGAUGGAUAAAUUUGGGCUCUGGCUCAAGUCCACAAGAUGUUCAAUGGAAAGCCCACUCUGCGUGGUACGGCACGGUUGAAAAUCCACACCUCAAACCCCGUCGGGUAUUUGAAGUCUCCUCGAGUCUAUCCCACAAAGCUUUGCGGGCUUCCAAUCUUUUUUAUCUCGAAAAUCAGAACUAUAGAAGGUUGAUGCAAAGAUCUCACCAGGAACUCAGUGUCUGGGUGUUACGUUCUCCAAGGAAUUGGGCCCAUCAAACAGCCAAAAGAAUUGGCGAAUUACAUGCAGAUGCAGGCGUCUUUUGA